AUGUCUCCCGCGCCAGUUCGCUUCGAAGAGGUGGCGUACAAUUACGGAUUUAUCCCUGUCGAGCCACACACAAAUCGCGGCUACUGCCUAGUGUACCGCCUAUUUAAGGAGUGCAUGGAGGAGCCAGGCAAGGUUGUGCUCAUUCGCGGAAAUGAAUGGGUAAUUCAAAUGAAAGACAUCAGUGGACCGUUGGAUGAACGUGAAAAAAUCACCAUCUUCUGUCAGGAUAUAAUUGACUACUAUCCCUUCAACUUCAAGAGCAAGGCUGUUGGCUUCUUAAUUCAAGCCAGACGACGCUCGAAGACGGGAUACUGGUUUGUUGUAUUUCAGCGAGAAGGACAGCUCGAAGCUUUUUGCUCCUUCCUCUACUGGCUCAUACAUGGACGGUUGCGACGGCACGGACAGUCCCUGUCCCCCAAUCGCGAUCUCAGAUCUGCCAGUCGUUACCACAAUUCACCGCCCAGACAGCGCUCGAGACCACGAUCUCACGUUUACGCUGAUCAACACAGUCUGAAAUACGGAGGUCGCGAAUCCGUAGUAGUCUCGUGCAAUUCUUCUGGCCUCACUCUCUACAAGCCUGAAUCCCUCAGGACAUCUUAUUCUCCUUCAUACACCUACUACGAAUCAUCAGCACCUCGCAGACUUACACGCUCGACUGAGCGCCCAUCGCGCUACUGA